CCCAGCCCCAGAACAGAGGAGUGGUCUUAAAGGGCCACAGGAAGGGGGUGGGGUGUGGCAACGGUGUCUUUGGCCAGCGUCAGACUUCCCUUUCCUCCUCCUGGUUGCUUCUGGGGGGUCCUUUCUGGCGCGGGAGGCCGGAUACUGGUCAGCGGUGGCUUCAGAGUGCGCCCUGCCCCUUGCCGACCUCUGGGAACUUGGGGAAGUGCGGAUUUGGCCCCUGGGAGCGGGACUCUUGCCUGGCCUGGCCUGGUUGGAAGAGCCCGGCAGCGCGCCAGCAAGCUGUUGAGCGAAGACAGGACCUUCCUUGUCUCGAUAGUGGCCCGGCGGGAACUCAGUGCCACGUGCGCCCCUGGCACUGCCGGUGCGCCCUGGGCCAGCUCAGCGGCACCCGAUGGGAAGCCCAGGGUUCUAUGGGGCCUCCAUGAAUACCCCCUCGUGAGCUGGCCCAGCAGCCACCACGAUGCAGGACCCUAACCAGGGGCCGCUGGGGGGCCCUGUGCUCAGCGCUCUGUUCCUGUGCAGGCACGCGGCCAGCAUGGCCCCCACGCUGCAGCAGGCAUACCGGCGGCGCUGGUGGAUGGCCUGCACAGCCGUGCUGGAGAACCUCUUCUUCUCUGCCGUGCUCCUAGGCUGGGGCUCCCUGCUGCUCAUGCUCAAGAACGAGGGCUUCUAUUCCAGCAUGUGCUCAGCUGAGAACACCACCAACACCACCCAGGAUGCACAGUUCCGGUGGCCCAGCUGUGACCCCCAGGAAGAGAUGCUCACCCUGGGCUUCACCAUCGGCUCCUUUGUGCUCAGCGCCACCACCCUGCCACUGGGGAUCUUCAUGGACCGUUUUGGCCCCCGGCCCACACGGCUGGUUGGCAGCACCUGCUUCGCAGCGUCCUGCACCCUCAUGGCCCUGGCCUCACGGGACACCAAAGUUCUGUCUCCGUUGAUAUUCCUGGCACUAUCCCUGAAUGGCUUUGGUGGCAUCUGCCUAACGUUCUCUUCACUCACGUUACCCAACAUGUUUGGGAACCUGCGCUCCACUGUCAUGGCCCUCAUGAUCGGCUCCUAUGCCUCUUCUGCCAUCACGUUCCCAGGAAUCAAGCUGAUCUACGAUGCUGGUGUGUCCUUCGUGGUCAUCAUGUUCACCUGGUCGGGGCUGGCCUGCCUCAUCUUUGUUAACUGUGCCCUCAACUGGCCCAGUGAAGCCUUUCCUGCCCCUGAGGAAGCCAGCUACACGAAGAAGAUCAAGCUCACUGGGCUGGCCCUGGAUCACAAGGUGACAGGUGACCGCUUCUACACCCAUGUGACCAUCGUGGGCCAGCGGCUGAGCCAGAAGACCCCCAGCAUGGAGGGGGAUGACCUCUACAACUCCUCCCAGGACGUUCAUGGUACCUCGGAAAACCCUCGUGAGAAGUCUGUCCCCUUUCGCCAGAGCCUCUGCUCCCCCAUUUUCCUGUGGAGCCUCCUCACCAUGGGCAUAACCCAGCUGCGGGUCAUCUUCUACAUGGCUGCCAUGAACAAGAUGCUGGAGUACCUCGUGACCGGUGGCCAGGAGCAUGAGACAGUUGACCUGAAACAAAAGGCAGCAAAGACAGUGGAGUUCUACUCCUACAUCUUUGGGGCCAUGCAGCUGCUGUGCCUUCUCACCUGCCCUCUCAUUGGCUACAUCAUGGACUGGCGGAUCAAGGACUGCGUGGAUGCCCCCGCUGAGGGCAUUGCCCUCAAAGAUGCCAGUGACGGGGUUGCCACCAAGUCCGCCAGACCACGCUACCGCAAGACCCAGAAGCUCACCAAUGCGAUCAAUGCCUUCACCCUGACCAACUUUCUGCUUGUGUCCUUUGGCAUCACCUGCCUCAUUAACAACUUACCUCUCCAGUUUAUGACCUUUGUCCUGCACACGGUGGUUCGAGGUUUCUACCAUUCUGCCUGUGGAGGCCUGUAUGCCGCAGUGUUCCCGUCCAACCACUUUGGGACACUGACAGGCCUGCAGUCCCUCAUCAGUGCUUUGUCCGCCCUGCUCCAGCAGCCGCUCUUCAUGGCCAUGGUGGGGCCCUUGAAAGGAGAUCCCUUCUGGGUGAAUCUGGGCCUCCUGCUAUUGUCACUCCUGGGAUUCCUGCUACCUUCCUACCUCUUCUACUACCGUACCCGGCUCCAGAGGGAGCACACCACUCACUGGGAGGGCCCACUGAAGGCGCCUGGCAGCGUAGACCUCUGAGGCCAAGGGGCCUGGAUGACAGGCCGCUAAGGCCUGAGCAACCAAAGGGAAUGCCUCGUAUGGCUUUUCUACCUGUAACACAGACAGAACCAGGGGCUGUGGAUUUAUAAAUACCAAGAGAAGUUCUAUUUUUGUAGGGACUUGCUAAAAGGGAAAAAAUACACCCUAAAAAAUAUCCCCUAGAGCAAUGCGCCCUUGACUGGAGACAGCCCCUGUGCUAGAAGGAUGGGGCCUCUUUCUCCUCAGAUUGGAGACCAGGGUGUGGGGCUGCCCUUUCUCUGGACUUCUUCUAGGGGCCUGCCUCCUGGGGGCUUAUGGGAUCUGCAAACAGGCUACCCCUAAGGUCCCUGUGCAAUGCCCAGAGUGUGCAUAUGUGUGUGUGUGCAGGCACAUAUGUGCAUGCAUGUGUGUGUGUGUGUGUGUGUGUGUGUGUGUGUGUGUGUGAAACAACUUUCUCCUCAGAGGAAAGGGGCAUGAGGUGCUGGCUGUGUUCUGGAUGGGGUGUGGGGGGCAAGCCCCUUCUGGGGGGCCGGAGGGCGGGUUCCCUCCCUAGUGCUGCUUCUUGCAGAUCUUAGAGGAAAUAAAAAGGGAAGCGAGAGACUGG